AAUUAGCUCUAUUCCUGGGUCUUCAGAAACUGGGGCAAAAUAAUCAGGGUGGAAUCAGAGUCUCUCAGGGUCAAACUUGGUUCCAGCUGCGUGCAGUGAAAGCAACUAGAGGCAGAGCUAUCAAGGGCUGUGACAGAUGAGCAGUGGUCUGUCUGCAAUGAGCAUGUGCUCAAGCUAACAUGGAUACCAUCUUGGUCUUCAGUCUAAUCAUUGCAUCCUAUGAUGCCAACAAGAAAGACCUGAGAGAUAGCAGUUGCCAAGUGGAACAGCUGCCUGGGCUCUUCCCAAAGGACGUGAGAAGCAUCAGAGAAUUGCAAAUGCAAGAAACUCACACAGAAACCAAAAGGACAACAUUCAUUCAAAAUCAGACUAUGACUACCUUGCAGUGCCUUGGCUCUGGCAGCAAAGUAAAAGUCAACCUUGUAUAUUUGGAGAGAAGGCCAAAGGUCAAGCAUAUUCUGAAGAACCUGAGAAUCAUUGCUGCUCCCCAUAGAAACAGCUCUGCCUCCUCAAGCUGUCACCUAAUUCCCACAUCCAAGUUUCAGACUGGAUCUCUACUAACAGGCAAAGCUUUUUUACCAGGGAUCUCACAAUGUAAAGUCUAUGCAGUGAUGGGGGCUUCAUCAGAGACUUUUUCCACCACUACCCCUUCUAUAACUCCUGGGAAUAAAGAAGAGAAAACUACAAGUACUGACACAGAUGAGAACCUAGAGAAGAGACAGAAAUGGAGUACUGUGGUCAAAAUUCUGAUUGCUGUCACCCUGUUGCUCAGUGGAGUUGCCAUUAUAGUAUUUGUAAUUUUUGAAGUCCCAUGCCCUUGUCAAUGCCUAGGAGCCAGGGAGCUGUGCCAAUGCCAGCGGUUGUGGAGAUGGCAAAGGAAGGGAGGCCAGCCACCUGGGACAGCUGAAUUCAAGCUUGACUCUCAGCCUCAGAAGGAAAGUGUUGGACGAGAUGCUGCCAAUUCAUCAGACCCAAAGAAAGCUGCAGGGAUCACUGUUAUCCACCAGACAUACUUCUAAAAAGUUCUGCUGUAUCUCAAACACUGAAUGAUACUACACAGUCUUCUCCCUAUUAAUAUGGGCACAUUCUUGCCAAUUUCACACUCAUAUCUUCAGCAGGGACAUUACAAUCAAACACCAAUUCCUG